AUGACCAAGCGACGUCAUACUACUGGGGUUCGUGCACCAUCAACAAAUGCAGAUGCUCGUGUACCAUGUGCACCAUUAUCUGAAACACAAUCAAGUGCAGCACUAUCUGAUCAACAAUUAACUAUAUCAUCUCGACGAUCAUCAUCAACAACAACAACCACUGGUCAACAAUCAACCACGUCAUCUCGAUCAAUAACAGUAACAGCAUUAGCUGGUGAACAAUCAACCGCAGAAUCUCGACAGUUAACAACGACAACAACAAGCUCUACUGAAGAGACUGCCAGAACAUCACCAGCUGAACGAAUUACAAAUGAUACAGUACAUGAAGAACAGUCUGAUUCAGUUGAUCGAAAAUCUCAUGUAUGGGAGUACUUUGAAAGAUGUCAAGAUCCUGAAGUUUUGAGAGCCAAGUGUUUCUUAUGUGAAGACGAACUACGGACACCAAACUAUGCAACGUCUAGUCUUAUUCGUCAUUUAGAACAACGCCAUAAUUUACAACAAGCUGCUCAAAUUCAAGUUUUGCCUGUACAAACAAAAUCCAACAAAUUAUCAAGAGCAGAAAGAAAACGAUUGGAUUCAUUACCCAUAAAUGCUAUUAUUCAAGACGGACGAUCAUAUGGUGAUCUGCAUAAAUCCGGUAUGAAGAAACUUAUUGAUGGCUUACAACCUGGUAAGACGCUUUCUUAUUUUACUAAACGACUUUUUAUAGUAAAAAUGAAAAGUUUUCUUAAAAACUUUUCUGGUAGCCAAAUAAGAAUUUUAACAAUAUUUUAUUAA